AUGGCGUUGAGAUUAAAUGAAAUGGAUAGAAGAGCAUUGAUUGAAAAAUUUCAUCAGAUGGAUAAAAAUUGUGAUGGUGUUUUAACACCGUCGGAAAUUCGACUAUGUGUUCAACGAUCUGGUCUACCAGAAUCAAAAGUCGAUGAAUUUCUACGUUUGUUUGAUCUAAGCGGUGACAAUGUGAUUACAUUGCAAGAAUAUAUUUGUGCACUUGGUUUACAACCUCCACCGCCUAAAGAUAUUCAUCUAUGGAGACGAACGUUUGAUGAAUUCGAUCAAGACAGAUCAGGACAAUUAUCACUAGAUGAAAUCAGAAACGUUUUACAAGAACUAGGAUAUCGUCGUUUAGCUGAAGACGCUCUAAAUGAUUGGAUGCAAAGUGUUGAUAAAAAUUGUGAUAAAAUGAUUGACUUCUCUGAAUUCUGUGCAUUUCUUUGUGAAAAUUGGCAAGAAUAA